GAAAAAAGGAACUUUCAAAUUAUGGUAGUGUUGAUUAGAAAUCUGCAAAAGCGUAUAGUUUUAAACAUUCCAUUGAUUUUGCAGAAUGCUAACACUCUGGUAGACAUCUUAAGGAUCAACCACUUCGAUGUAAACCUCGUUUUUGUGGGAAAAGGUUUUAUAAAGAGUUUGAAUUUAAGAUAUAGGAGAAGAAAUGUCACGACAGACGUUCUUGCAUUUCCGUAUCUUCAGGUAAGAUCAUCAAAAAGCAAAGGCCCCUUCUUCCUUGUGGUAACCAUAAAAUUUUCAAAUGUGCAGUGCACUCAUUUGAUGCAGCUGUAUAUGUUUUGUAACUGAACUCAAAACUUCUCAAUUUAGAUAGAUCUCAACAUCAAGGACUUAUUAGAUGGCGUGGCAAAUGGAAGGGGAGGAUUUCUGAAAAAAAGGUCUAAAGCAGUUUUUUUGAACAAUCCCCCAAAAAUGGUAGUAGGCACCAAGUUAAUUCAAGGAUUGUUAAUAGACAACAGGAAACAAAUUUAUGUAAUGACUGUUUAUUUAUUAUGUUGUCCCAUGUAAGAGAAUCCAAUUGAGUCUCAGGCUCUGGAUUCCACACUGUGGAUUCCGGAUUCCAGGUACUGGAUUCUGGAUUUUUUGUCAGUGGACCUUUGAUUCCAGAAUCCAAUUAUACUUGAUGCAAUCUGAAUUCCUUGUGCUGUAUUCUGGAUUCCAAAGCCUAGGAUUCUGGUUUCCACAAGAGAAAUUUCCAAGAUUCUGUUUUCCACAAGCAAAAAUUUUCCAGAUUCCAGAAUCUAGAUUUCCUUACAUGGGGCGAUAUCACUGUUCUUUUCACCAGUUACCAAAGCCAGGAGUCCUACCACAAAUGCCAUUGAAGCCCCAUGAGUACACACUGGGGGAUAUUGUCCUUGGAACUCAUAAAAUUACUGAAGAUUGUGAAUCUGAUGGAAUUGAGCUAGAUACUUAUUUACCAGUAAGUCAUCCAACGUUGUUGUGCUCAAGUUUCGUUAUGCAUUUCUAAGACGGCUAUGACAGUGGUUUAUGUGUCACAAGUUUAAAACAUGGACUGCCAACUAUGGACUAGGCAUCCCCAUUCUAUGCAUACUGCGCUCCCAUUUUGCUUUAAAAUCCUGAAUCCCGGCCUUUAAGUAAGACAAAUCCUGGAUCGUGAAAAACCUGUUGAGGACUCUCUGAGCAUAAACGUUGAGGAAAAAGCUAUGGACUAUCAGUUGUAGCAACCAGACCAAAGAAGGCGUAAUGGUAAAUAAAGAUAUUUACAGAUAAAGAAGAAAUAGGAUAGUUUGGCAGUCUCAUGUUCUUUACAUCUCAUUUAAGUCCUUGCUUAGUCCAGGUUUAAAUUGAGACUCCAUAGUUUGUUUUUUGUUGUCAUUUUUUUACCACACCCAGUCCAUACUCCACAUAUUUUGACAUCUAGUCCAUGUUUUCUAUGCACUCAACUAUAGAGAGGAGAAAGGCAACGUCACGUUACCACAGUAGCAACAUUUCUGGAUCACAACAAUGGGGACCUUAAGCAACAAGCUUCAUGCGCCCACUUUAUGGAGUUGGUGAACACAGCACAAGAAUUUUUUUUCUUCUUCUAAACUCAGAUAUGGUCCUUUCUGAUUCAAUCCCAGACAAUUUUGCCAAGAUUUUACAAAUUAAAUGAAAUGGAAUAAGAUCGAUGAAGUUUGAAAAAGUGCAAAUUCACUUUUUAAGUGACGUUUUCGCUUUGUUGUCAUCCAGAAAGUUUUUCUAUGAUGGCAACGUGACGUAACGACUUCUUCUCUCUAUUGGCCCACCUGAUACAGAAUUCACUGUAAUGUGUGAGUCACAGGACACCCACUCAGUACAGUCGACUCUCUCUUAACGAACACCUCUAUAAGAUGGACACCUCUGUAAAACGGACACCUAGAGUUGGUCCUUGCUUUUCUUUACUCCGUUUUAUUUGACUCUUUAUAGGACAGACACCUCUCUAAGAUGGACACUUAGUACCGGUCUCAAAGGUGUCCGUCUUAGAAAGAGUUGACUGUAAAUGCUUGUAAAGUAAAGGUCUUUUCUUUGCUGUUCGUCCUUAGGUUAUUAUAACACAUGGUCUUUGUCACUUACUUGGGUAUACACAUGAGACACAGGAUGAGCUAGAUAAGGUUGGUCAAAUUUCUUAUUGCUUUACUGUGGUCUUUUCUAGGCAGUUACCUCAAUGUGUGUUGAUUGUUCAUCAGUGACUUCUAAGUACCGGUAUACUGAAUUAAUCUGAUCAAGUUUUAAGGUGUUUGAGGAGUACAAUGGGGUUAACAAUAUGACCGUCAAAAAAGCAAUGAAUUUGAUAAUUAUGUGGAUCUACUACAAGACUGCGACGUAAAAUUUCCUGAUGAAAGAUUUGUGGAGGACGCAAUCCCACAACGUCCGAUUUCUAUGAACAUGCGUAAGGAAAGGUUUCCUAAAUAUGGUGUUAAAAGUUCAAUUUCAGAAGAAUUUGCCUUAUUUUUACAAAUUAGUUGAGAGGGACCCAAAAUUACUGUAUAAACAACGUUUUCACUACCAUUGGCGUUCUGUAUUUUAAAUGCACUUUUACUAUUUUUCUCCAGAUGCGCAAUAAAGAAGUCGAAGUAUUAAAGGAAUUUAACAGAAGAACUGGCUUCAAUUCAGUGCCCGUCACUCCGGAAAAAGUGGAACUCUUCAGGUUUGUCAUGAAUAUUACAAAUAGGAAAAACCUAGCCUGCACCACAGACGAAACUAGACUCUCGUUAAGUCCGUCUGUGAAACAGCACAGGAGACCCAUCUGUAUACCAGGAUUUGAGUUCGCGCCAUGAUUGGCCUGUUAAAAAAGACAUUGUCGAUUUACCAGUCAGGAUAAGAGGAAAUCCAAAACGCACUUCCGGUAAUUCGGUGAGUCCGUUGGGGCCCGGAACGAGGAUAUCGGCGCUGCUUCGCAGAGGUUACUAACCGAGGUUAAAUUACGUCUGCCACUUAGGCUAGAGGAACUUUUGCCGAAUAACGGACUGAAUACUUAUAGACCUUAUCACGGUUUUCGACGCCAUCUUGACGAGUAGGCAAACGUGUGAGAAAUUACAGUGUUUGUAUGAGAAGCUAAUGUCGAAUAAUUUCCGUAAAACGACUGUUCUAAAAAAAAUAUGACUGGUAAACUAACGCUAGAAAAGAAAGGAUUGUACUAAAAAAAUUUGGGGGCGUACCUCUGCUUAAAUUUCUUCAGAGGCUUGCUGUAGAUUUUCCAUAUAUUUGUCUGUAAUUUUUCCCGGGACUUUCUUACAGAAAAAUGUAUAGGAAAUUUAAAUAAGUGGUUCUAGGUCUUCUAGCGCAUGUAACGCCCUCAAUUUUUUUCAAUAGAUUCCUUAGGAGUGAAGCUUUAGUUUACAAUUCAUUUUUUUUUUCAGAACAGCCAUUCUACGGAAAUUAUUUGACAUUAGAUUCUCACGCAAACACUGUAAUUUUUCAUGCGUUUGCCUACUCGUCAAGAUGGUGUCGAAAACCGUGGCAAGGCUGGUCUAUUGGUUUUGCUUUGCAAAAAGGUGAUUUUGUUUUUCACUUUUCGUUUGAUUUUAUUUGUAGGAUUCCCAAAGCACCACGAGAGAAAAAUGGACUCGAUGUUUCACUAGUAGAAGAAUAGUUCUGAAGGAUAUAAUAGCGAGUUGAGGCAACCAACACAGGGUCGCGUGCCAAAGAACACUAAUGGAUUUCAACGGUUUUUGGCUUUUUAAAACGUAAAGCCACUCUUCACCGAAUAUUUCCGUGGAGUAUCUCUUAGCAUCUUCUGAAUGUCUGGGUACGUUAGCCAAAACAAGAGGCGGUGCUUACAUUGAGUUUGCACAGACAUCAUCUUCAAUAAACGUGGUGCAAGGACUCCAAGUGUUUACACGAAUCCCAAUAGUGCAUUGGGGUAAUAAACUGCAACAAGUAACGCUUUUCACUUGCUGAAUGAGAGAAGUUUCAAAUUAAGCUGCUUAAAACUAUUUCUUAUGCGUCAACCUUUGGUUAAAUGGUGCACUUCUUGCAUUCUGAUUGGGUGACACCCUUGCUAUUUAUCAACUGACAGAACGCUUAGAGAAACGAAAACGGCUUUUCAAUAAAUGCUUGCUUAAAAUCACUGGAAAGUGCCGUUAAAUUUUCACAAGAACACUG